UACCAAAGUCGGCACAUCCGAGAAAGGCAGUGUGGUUUUGGAUGUUCUGAAAUGUGCCCGAGGAUCGUCAUCUCUGGAGUCCUUCCAUAGACAUCAGUGUGCAUUUAUACCUGGUUAUAGGGUUAAUGCUGUCCACACCCAGAUGUAUAUGGUUGAAGGGUGUAGCCGUUGGAAUCUCAACAGGACAAGAGAGGCAGUUUCAAUCCAAGACACAUCAUUGACCAGAAUUUAUGACAUAAGAUUGAUGUCAAACAUCAAUUCUUUGGGUCAAAAAAUUCUGAAAAAAGACCUGUUUCCAGAAUAUGUUCCCCCAGGCAAGCCAACAGAUGAGAGAGUGGCAGUUGAAUAUCUGCUGGCACAGUCAGGUAGAGGUGACAUGCGACCAUCUUUCGAUGCAGAGACUGGAAGCGUCCUUCCUGAAAUUGAACCCGAGGCGGAAGAAUCAGGUAUUGAAGAGCUCGAGGUCGAUGAUGCCACCUUGUGCCUGAUGGAGGACAUGGAGAUAGAAUUCACAACACAUGAUAUUGGUGUGCCAGAAGUUCCAUCAGUCGAAAGUAUGAUCCAGUGUGACAGGUGUGGCCUGAGACUGAAUCACGCCGAUGUGGUGAUACACAAAGUCUAUUGUACAGACGACUCCAGAACCAUUCCCAAAGGAAAGUCACCCAUCGUUGAAGCCACAUCAGUGCCAGUACAAAUGAUCCAGUGUGACAGGUGUGGCCUGAGACUGAGUCACGCUGAUGUGGUGAUGCACAAAGUUUAUUGUAAAGAUGACUCGAGAACCAUUCCCAAAGGAAAGUCACCCAUCAUUGAAUCCACAUCAGUGCCAGUACACAUGAGCCAGUGUGACAGGUGUGGCAUCAUGCUUAACACUGGCGAUAUGGUCACACAUGUGAUCACCUGCCAAGAGGACUCCGGCAACAGUCCUGAACAGAAGUCACCUAUCAGUGAUUUGCCAGAUUCCAGUGACAUUCCAACUUUAGAAGACGUGGAAGAAGACUCUUCUCUGGGUACUCGUCAUGAUACCAAAGGCUUUCCAGGGUGGGAGAAAGUAGAUUCUCUUGCAGCAUACUUAGUAGAUAGACUAGACACUUCUAAAACAGCCUUGUCGGUAGCGGAAACCAACCACAUUGUCUGUCUCUAUGAUAAUCUUUGUGAGCAUGACAAAAGUCCCACAAAAUAUACCACAAAGUCAAAGAAGGAAGUAUUGCCGGGACCUUGGCGAGCCUCCCGUAAACGGAGUGGUUCAACUCCUGGUGUGCAGGCAUCUGAGAGAUUAUUCAUGACUCAUGGUCGGGCAGCACAGACCCCAGAUACGAACAGAAUUUCGGAAUGUGUCUGUAUCCGACUUUGGAGGAUAUAUCAGUCUGCACGAAACAGACCAAAGGAUGCGGCAGGGAAGACUCUACAGGUGGCCCAUGCUAUAGUCAAGAAGUAUAGCCUCUUACAGCAACUACUUGAAGACAGCAAAGCAGUCCAAGAGAAUACAAACCUGGUGUUAGUCACAAUCAACAACACCACAGUAAAUGCAUGGAUUCACCAGAGACAGAAACGAGCAGACAGAGAAGCUCUGUUACAAGGAACAGACCUACCACGUCUCUCAGUUUCAAAAAAGGGUUUGCCAAAAGCAAAGGACCUUCCAACACAUCAUAAACAGUCUGGUCAUAAGGCCUUGACCUUUAUGGAGCCAGAAAAUCAAGAAGGACAGUUUGUGAAGCGUCCAAGAAAUAAAAAAAUAGCUUCUGCCACUGACUCUGGUUCUCAGUCAAGUCUGCCACAUCAUGAUCAGUCAGGCUUCUUACCUAGUACCUUGCCAGGCCCACCUCAUUACUUACAAGGGUACCCAACACUAAAUCCAUGGCAACAAUAUUAUAUGCCAUCAUUUGUAUUCCCUCAACCAGGACCACUGUCACAUCAACAAGCUCCUCAACAGCCUCUACCACAUAUUCAAAUUGCUCCUCCCAUCCUGGCCUCCACACAAUUUCUAUCCAGCAAUCUUGAGACUCCUACUCGCCAACAACAGUGGAGACAAAGGCAGGCAGCAAAAGAGGACCAAGAGAGGUUAGAAAGAGGUGAGCCACCCAUCAAACGCCAUGCCAAGAAACGACAGUACCGUUACAAUUGCAGUACAUGUGGGAAACAGAAGUCUGCAGAGACAGGUCACACACAAGUGAAAGGGAAGUGGUACUGUCCGUCUCUUGGCAUCACUGUUGAGGAAUGGCGGAACCAACUGAAAAAAUGACACAUUUCAGCACUGUUGUGGGCAUACAAGUGCCUUUUAAUUUUCACUGGUAUACCUAAACUUCAAUUGUAAUGAAAUGUGUAGUGCCUGAAAUGGCAUACCAAUAUGGAGGAUAUCUUGAAAUCCUUUUUUCAUAUGUAAAAAUGUAGUGUGUUCUGCAAUAAUCAAUGACAUAUCCAGUUGACAGAUAAAAACCCUUGUAGGCAUCUUGUUUCAAUUGGACUUUGUCAUACUUAAAAAACUUUAUUGAUAGCAUUAUUAUUACUGUAGCAAACAUUUCUUUAUGACUAAUAAUUAUGAUGUUUCAUAUGAUGGAAUGGUAUUCUGUGCCAAUAUUUUGUGCUCUAGUCAAAGUAUAGCUUCAUUUUAUUACAUUUUUAAGUUAGCUGAGAUGAAUUUGUCCAUUGUGUGUUGUCUAUCCGUAAACAAACCGCUGAAAGUUUGGCUGGAAGUUUCAAUGGCCAAUGGUCAACCAAAAUUGUGAGUUAUAUGGUUCCCAACUCUCAAGGUUAUCAAGAGCACACCAAAACUUGUCAAAUUGACAAAAAAAUCUAAAUUAUUCUUCUCAACUCCCAUAUAUUGUAAAAACAUUGCAUUUUUUUGGAAUUAACUCUAACUUAGCUACAAUUAACAGUUUGAUGGUAUAUUAAUAAUGGCCCUUACUGACACACCCAGGGCUGAUGGCCAUGGGCAGAUCAAAAAGGUCAAGCAGACAGAAAUAUUUCAAAACCAAAAAUAUCUUUAUACAGAUAAACAGCAUAGUUUUGAUGCUGGUUUUUAUAAUGUGAAACUGCUGGUGUAAUAAAUUAUAGAACUAAUGCGUUUUAGCACGGAUAACAAAAUUAUAUCAGUUAGAAUCAUUUCUGGUGCAAAAUAAGACUACAUUUGAAUAAUAAUAAUAAUAAUAAUAUAUUUUCUGAGGGUGACAUAUUUAGCAUGUGCUAAUCUUCCAUAUGGCCCUCUAUAACAAGAUACAAAACAUAAUAUACAUUAAUCAACACAUAACAAGAUAUCUUGAAAUAUAUACAAUAUGGUUGGAAAAACUUAUAGUAUAUAUAUAUGAACAUGCAGGUACUCAUGAUAGAAUAAUCAUAAUACAGUUACAUGUAUCAUUCGGUAGAACAUGAAUUUCUUUAUAUAUACAUUGGUAGGGAAUUAUUUAAAAUCAAUAGAUCAUAAAAAAAAAACAUGCUUUCUUAAAAAUGAAGUUUCGCUUGAAUUGGAAGAACUGAAAUUGAUGACUUUAAGCUUGAGAGAAAAUGAUUGCGUAUUUUUUGUUUGAAAGUUGUAAGAGAUGUUAUAUUUUUAAGAUGUAGUGGUAGGUUAUUCCAUGACAAUACUGCAGAGUAGCUAAAUGAUUUUCACAUUGUUUCUGAUUGCAAUUUGGGCAAAAUAAGUUUAUCUGUAGUUGACCUCAAGUUAUAAAAGUACGAAUUUUGACAAGUUUCAAUUAAUGAGCGUAUAUAAUCAGGCGUCAUGUUAUGCAAGGCUUUAUAGACUAAUAUAGUUGUAUGAUAUUUUAUUCUUUGUUCAAACGGUAGGACUUUGGCUUCUUUAAAAAGGGAUAGACUUUCAGUUAAAAUGGGUUUAUCUAGCAUUAUUUUAAGAGCUUUCUUUUGCAGUUUUGUUAUUUGAUGAAUUUGUUAUUUUGUAAGACCGUUUCCCAUACUAUGGCUGCAUAAUCUAAAAUUGGUAAUAUGUAUGAAUUAUAGUAUAUUUUUCUGGCAUCUUCAGUUAAAUAUCUUUUCAUUUUUCGGAGUAAAGCAAUGAUAUUGAUAAUUUAGAUAAUACUUUUCUAACUUGCUCUGUCCAACUUAAUGUUUUAAUCUAUGUAAAUACCAAGAACUUUCUGACAGUUUGAAGGAGUAAUAGCUAUAUUGUUUAUUUCUAUUUGCAUGUGUUUUCCUGCUAAUUUUCUUUUACUCCCAAUAAGCAUACUGUUUGUUCUUUGUAUAUUUAUGUUCAUAUUAUUGCAUUCACACCAUUUUAAAAUGUUUCCUAGAUCUUCUUGUAGAUAGUGUUCAAUACUAGAUAUUGUUUUUCCUUUUAUAUGUAUGGUAGUGUCAUCAGCAUACAUGUCUACAUUACAUUUUUGUACAUACAGCACUGUUGUGGGCAUACAAGUGCCUUUUAAUUUUCACUGGUAUACCUAAACUUCAAUUGUGAUAGGCAGACUCCGUGUGCCAGAUGGUCAUAGCCAUAGUACCACAGCUGUAUAGAGUCAUAGCUAUAGUGCCACAGCUGUAUAGAGUCCUAGCUAUAGUGCCACAGCUGUAUAGAGUCCUAGCCAUAGUACCAAAGCUGUAUAGAGUCAUAGCCAUAGUACCACAGCUGUAUAGAGUCAUAGCCAUAGUGCCACAGAGUCAUAGCCAUAGUACCACAGCUGUAUAGAGUCAUAGCCAUAGUACCACAGAUGUAUAGAGUCAUAGCCAUAGUA